AUGGAAGGAGAGAUGCAAGAGAACGUGGAGCAUGUGAAGCAUGACAUCGAGGAGUCUGUGGAACAGCAGAAAGACACAGUGAACAGGAAGGUUCCUGCCAGGGUAAAUCCCUUGCUCAUCAAGGAGAAUCUGGAUCAAAGGAUGCAGAGCGCGAUGGAGGCUUCGGGGCUGGGAAACCAUGUCGAUGCAGCCAUGGACAAGCUGAGAGUUGCGGUACCGAUGCUCAAGUCCAGCGACAAAGUGAGCAAGGCGGAGGCUGCAGCGGAGGCGAAGGCUGCAGCAGAAGCAGAGGCAGCUGAGCAGCAUGCGAAUGCUUCUGCAAGCGCUGCCACGCCAGGCAUAGUGACUCUGCCCAUGCACACUGAAGUCAUCCUGCCUGCCAUCGGGGCAGCAGCAGAGGCUUCUUCUGCAGGCACGAGGUCAUCCUCCAAGCACAGCGCUGCUGACAGGGGAACAGAGCAGUCAAAGCAGGCGAAACCUCGCGUGAGCAAGAGCUUUCUUGCCUUCUUUGGGGGUAGGAAGGAUGCAGAAAAGAGUGACCCGCCUGCAAAGCAGCAGCCAGAGGAGGUGGAUUCCAGUGGAAGAAGGUGGCCGCAGUCUAUGCUAUUUUGGAAGUAA